GUACCCAACAAAUUAAGAAGAUAGAUUCCAUUGCCUGGCUAGAGUUGUAUUAUAGUAGCACGAGGACAUGGAGACAUCGCUAGUUACGUAUGCAUGUCUCUGUGGUGCAACAACACUGUCCAUUGGGUGGCUGCUACACUGGAUAUACAAAUGGAUGAACCCACCGUGCAGUGGGGCUCUUCCUCCUGGUUCCAUGGGAUUUCCUAUUCUUGGUGAGAGCAUCCAGUUCUUCAGAAGGAGCUCUUCCUUGGACGUCCCAGACUUCUACAAGAUAAGGCUGAAAAGGUAUGGUUCGAUUUUCAAGACAAGCUUGGUUGGACAGCCUGUUGUAACUGCAGAUCCAGAGGUCAACAGGUUCAUAUUUCAACAAGAAGGCAAGUUGUUUCGAAGCUGGUACCCUGAGGCAGCAAAUAUAAUUACCGGCGAGGAGACCAUCGAUGGAUUUCAUGGCCCUCCUCACAAGUUCAUCAGAAACUCCAUUAACAAAUUAUUUGGCCUUGAAUACCUGAAGCACAACCUUCAUGAAGUGGAUGGUGCCAUAAGAAAAACUUUUGCUGAAUGGUCCGCAAAAUGUGUCAUUGAUGUGCAUGAUAGCACCCCAGAUAUGAUUAUUGAUCAGGUGGCUAAGAUGCUGUUUAGCCUCAAUCCUUCCGAGUCAAGAGAAUGGACAAAGAAUUACAGUGCAUUCCUUCAGGGGUUGAUAUCCUUCCCACUAUACUUACCAGGAACAACAUUUUACCAUUGCAUGCAGGGGAGGAGAAAUAUGCAGAAGGUAAUGUCAAAUUUGUUGAGAAAGAGGCUAAGCAAACCUGAAGUGAAACAUGGUGAUUUUCUUGAUCUAAUUAUUGAAGAGCUCCAGACUGAGAAACCGACAAUAGAUGACAAGUUUGCUACAGAUGCAUUGGUUGCACUCCUGUUUACCAGCUUCGUAACACUCGCACCCAUCCUCACCUUGGCGUUCAAGUUUCUCAGUGACAACCCGGAAGUAAUCAAAGCUCUUGAGGAGGAGCAUGAAGCAAUUGUGAGGAACAGAUGCGAUGCAAGUUCUGGGAUCACAUGGGAGGAGUAUAAGUCACUAACAUUCACAAAUAUGGUUGUGAAUGAGCUAACCCGAAUGAGUAAUGCCACACCAGGUGUUUUCAGGAAAACAAUGACAGACGUGCAAGUGAAUGGUUAUACAAUUCCAUCCGGUUGGAUGGUCAUGGUAUGCCCCAUGGCGGUUCAUGUAAACCCUGAGUUUUUUGAAGACCCUCUCAAGUUUAACCCAUGGAGGUGGCAGGAUGAGUCCAAACGGAGCACACUACUGAAGAGUUUCAUGCCAUUUGGGAUAGGCAUGCGGACAUGCCCUGCCACAGAUUUUAGCAAGCUUUUCACUGCAAUUUUCCUUCAUGUUCUGGUCACAAAGUACAGAUGGAAGAAUAUCGAUGGCGGGGAAGUAGGCCGCAUGGGAGUGAUCAUUUUCCCGAAUGGGUAUAAAAUUAAACUCCUCCCAAGGACUUAAAUUACCAUGAACAUAUUGCUGGUAAAGUCUCGGAGUAAAAAUGUGCCUUCCUUUGCACUAUAUAUGCAGUGGAAAAUAAAAUGUGUGCUACGCAUUUGCUCUGAAUAUGUGUUGCAGAAAAUGGAAGUGUAUGUUAAAAUAUUACUGCGUUUGUAUGCAAAGUUUAUAUUGUACGCGGAUGGUACUUGCAUGGUUGUAGAAAUUGCUGUUGUUUUAUAAGAGGUGUAUAUGGAUCAGCCUCUAUUCUGUUAACAUUCCAUCAAGAUCAUCCUCAGCCGAGGCAACAGUUUGUAAACAUUAAUAAUGUACAAAUAUGGAAUACUAUAUUUAUAUAUACUGGAUAUG